GCGGGAACGCUCGGGAUCGGGAUCGGGAUCGGACGGCGGGCGGGAAAAGCCGGGAAGACGGGACAGGGAACACCACCACAGGCGCCGGGAGCAGGAAGAGCAGGAAGAAGAUGGAGAGCGGUGGGUGGGGCCCCUGCCCGUGGAGGCGGCCCCCACCAAAAAGCGCAAAGUUCUGGAGUUCGAACGGGUCUAUCUGGAAAACCUUCCCAGCGCCUCCAUGUACGAACGCAGCUACAUGCACAGAGACGUCAUCACUCACGUCGCGUGUACCAAGACGGAUUUCAUCAUAACGGCCAGCCACGACGGGCACGUCAAAUUCUGGAAGAAGGUGGAAGAGGGGAUCGAGUUCGUCAAGCACUUCCGCAGCCACCUCGGAGUGGUGGAGAGCAUCGCGGUCAGCUCCGAAGGCGCGCUCUUCUGCUCGGUCGGGGACGACAAGGCGAUGAAGGUGUUCGACGUGGUGAACUUCGACAUGAUCAACAUGCUGAAGCUCGGCUACGUCCCCGGGCAGUGCGAGUGGGUGUACUGCCCGGGAGACGCCAUCUCCGCCGUGGCCGCCUCGGAGAAGAGCACGGGGACCAUCUUCGUGUACGACGGGCGAGGAGACCACCAGCCCCUCCACGUCUUCACCAAGCUGCACGCGGCGCCGCUCACCCAGAUCCGCCUCAACCCCGUCUUCAAGGCGGUGGUGUCUUCCGACAAAUCCGGGAUGAUCGAGUACUGGACGGGGCCUCCCCACGAGUACGGCUUCCCCCGGAACGUGGCCUGGGAAUACAAGACGGACACGGACCUGUACGAGUUUGCCAAGUGCCGGGCGUAUCCCACCAGCCUCUGCUUCUCGCCCGACGGGAAGAAGGUCGCCACGCUCGCCUCCGACAGGAAGGUCAGGAUUUUCCGGUUUUUGACGGGGAAGCUCAUGAGAGUCUUCGACGAGUCUUUAAGCAUGUUCACGGAGCUGCAGCAGAUGCGGCAGCAGCUGCCGGACAUGGAGUUCGGGCGGAGGAUGGCCGUGGAGCGGGAGCUGGAGAAGGUGGACGCCGUGCGGCUCAUCAACGUCGUCUUCGACGAGACCGGGCACUUCGUCCUCUACGGCACCAUGCUGGGCGUCAAGGUCGUCAACGUGGAAACCAACCGGUGCGUGCGGAUCCUGGGCAAGCAGGAGAACAUCCGCGUCCUGCAGCUGGCUCUGUUCCAGGGGGUGGCCAAGAAGCACCGGGCGGCCGCCACCAUCGAGAUGAAAGCGUCGGAGAACCCCGUGCUGCAGAACGUGCAGGCCGACCCCACCGUCGUCUGCACCUCUUUCAAAAAGAACCGCUUCUACAUGUUCACCAAGCGCGAGCCGGAGGACACGAAGAGCGCCGACUCCGACCGCGACGUGUUCAACGAGAAGCCGUCCAAAGAGGAGGUCAUGGCGGCCACGCAGGCCGAGGGGCCCAAGCGGGUCUCGGACAGCGCCAUCGUCCACACGAGCAUGGGAGACAUCCACAUCAAGCUCUUUCCGGUCGAGUGCCCGAAGACGGUGGAAAACUUCUGCGUCCACAGCCGCAACGGUUACUACAACGGGCACACGUUUCACCGCAUCAUCAAGGGCUUCAUGAUCCAGACCGGAGACCCGACCGGCACCGGCAUGGGAGGCGAGAGCAUCUGGGGAGGAGAGUUCGAGGACGAAUUCCACUCGACCCUGCGGCACGACCGCCCGUACACGCUCAGCAUGGCCAACGCCGGCUCCAACACCAACGGAUCCCAGUUCUUCGUCACGGUUGUCCCCACGCCGUGGCUCGACAACAAGCACACCGUGUUUGGCCGAGUGACCAAGGGGAUGGAGGUGGUCCAGCGGAUCUCCAACGUCAAAGUCAACCCCAAGACGGAUAAGCCCUACGAAGACAUCAGCAUCAUCAAUAUCACGGUCAAGUGAAACGGGGAAAAGCGGCGGGGGGACGUCGCUUUCGGACACAACCCUAAUGACGCGUCGAGAGACUCUUUCACUAAAAGCUACCUUUAAAGCCGAGCCUGCCAUGCCUCGA